AUGGGAGGACCCCUAGACUUGUAUAGCUGCUACAUCCCUGUGGAGCUGUGUGCGAGCCCGGUUGCCGGCACAUGCAUCCGCCUCCCCGCUGCCGAGGUCCAAAACACCAUCGCCCUGAGUAAAAAGCAAUCCCCUGAGUUUUUCCCCAGGGUCUGAGUGUUUCUCUCUUCCCCUGACCUUGCCCCCGCCUUGCAGGAUUGGCCGUUCGACGAUGGAGCGCCUCCUCCCAGCAAGAUAGUGGAAGAUUGGCUCAAUUUGCUGAAGACCAAGUUCUGCGAAGACCCCGGCUGCUGCGUGGCCGUGCACUGCGUGGCCGGCCUGGGGCGCGCUCCCGUCCUCGUCGCGCUGGCCUUGAUCGAGAGUGGGAUGAAGUACGAAGACGCCAUCCAGUUCAUCCGACAGAAGCGCAGAGGAGCCAUCAACAGCAAGCAGCUGACGUACUUGGAAAAAUACCGACCAAAGCAGAGACUCCGAUUUAAGGACCCUCAUAACCACAAGAACAAAUGCUGCAUCAUGUAACCUCAAUGACCUCUUGCCAAAAUCCGUGCACACAGACACCCGGGCACUUGCACGCAUCC